ACCGGCGGAGGUGCCGUCAAUGCGCAUGCUCCCGCCUUGAGCCGGUCCUCGCGCAGCCUUUGAAGCCGGCGGCCGAAGCCGGCGGUACGCGCAUGCGUGUCUCCAGGAGCUGGUCUCCCGACCCGGCGGGAAGCCGCGGCUCGCAGGUUUGGAGCCAGACCAGUCGGAAGUGGCUCCUUCACCGGCCCUCUGUCAAGCGGAAACUCGGGCACUGGAAGGGAGGUUCCGGGGCUGCUCGGGGCUGGAGGCGGCCGAAUGGAGACCGGGGCCGUGGACGCGCCGCUGACCCGCCGCCCGACGUUGGCGGCUUCCUGGGAUGCCGCCUGCGGAGCCCUGGCCCAGAGCCUCCGUCUCGCCCGGGCGGGUCUCGGCGCCCGGGACGCCGACUGGGAGCAGCUGCUGGCGCCGCCUGCCACGGGCCAGGAUCUGGUGAUUUUGAAAAGGAGCUUGCACCGCCAGGGUGAAAACCCCUGCUUCCUUCACGUGAGAUGUGACCCUCGUGGAGGUGAAGAAAUGGUUUCUGUUGGCGUCUUAAGUUCAGCACGAAAUAUGGAAGUGUACUUGGGAGAGGAGUACUGUGGCACCAGCAGGGGCAAGAGUGUUUGUAACGUUCUGGAUAACAGUGAACAGGAAAAGAUUACUUUGUACAAAACAUACCUAAAAUUGGAGUCUUCCACACGUGCUUGUAAAAUAAAGCUGCUCUCGUUUGGUGAAAAGCAGUGUGUGUUCAUCAGUAGAGUCGUGGUCCACGUGAGGCCCGUUUCCCCGGCGUCUCCGGCAAGCUGUCCUCCUCUGGGGCCAAGGAUAGACCUGGAGCGGGUCCAAACCAUCCUGGAGUCCAUGGGCUCCAAGCUGUCACCGGGAGCUCAGCAGCUGAUGAGUCUGGUUCGGUUUCAGCAGCAGCAGAUGUGCAUUCCCAUCGGCGAGCCGCCCCAGUCGCCUCGGGGAAGCGCUGGCUCCACGCCCGGGGUGGGAGCACGAGCAUCCUCCAGUUCGGGAGCCUCGGCCAAGUCGACCUCCACACCUUUUCCCUUCCGAACCGGCCUGACGUCUGGAAACCGGACCGAAGACGUGCAGGCUCACCCGGCCCAGAGGACGCAGCCAGCGGCCGGGGGCCCUGUUACCCGCCUCCAGGAGUGUCCCAUGGGGCCACAGAACCAGUCUCUUCUUGAGAAUGAGCUUAAGGCUGCAGUCUCUUCUUUCUCCCCGAAGAGAGCGGGUGACAGCGCCCCCGUAGCUAACUCGGAGCUGCCACCUUUCCUCCAGAACCUGUGUCGUCAAGUGAGCCAUCUCCGCCUGGGACCUCUCAGCAAGUGGCAGGAGAGCAUCACCCGGCCCGGCGAAGGCCCUGCUGGGCUUCCAAUGGACGAACAAUCCAUUUGUUCCUCCUUGGAAAAGAUGCUUUCUAAAAACAUGGAACUGAUGGAGAAGAAACUCACGGACUACAUCGAUCAGCGAAUUUAUAAGCUCCAGGAGCACCUAGAUAAUAAGAUUGCUUUGUUGGUGGACUUGCUGCAAAAUCCCAACUCCCCACCCUCUGGGAUGCCUCUAAGACAUUAUGACUCUGGAGAAAGACUUUCAAAUGGAGAAAGAUAAGCACUCAACACAUACAGAGUACUACAGAUAUUUAUUAAGUAUUUAUUACAAAGCCAAAACAUCAAAGCAGCUAUUUAACGUCAUUUGAGGGUCACUGUUGACUUAUAUAAAGUGACCUCAGUGUUCACUUUAACUGUACCAUUAUUAUAAAUCCAGUACUGUGUACUAAGCGUUAACGUGAUAAGAUCCUGAGGUAUUUUUGUUUGCCAUUUCUUUCACGUUUAUAAGAAAUUCGCAUAUACUUUUGAAUUGCUUACGUGUUCCAUUUGUUUGUUUGUUUGUUUGUUUUUGGCUACACCUGUGGCACAUAGAAGUUCCCAGGCCCUGCACUGAAUCCCAGCCACAGCUGCGACUUGGUCCACAGCUGCUGCAACAUCAGGUUCUUUAACCCACUGUGCCAGGCCUGGGAUGGAGACCACACCUCUGUAGCUGCCUGAGCUGCCGCAGUCAGAUCUUAACUCACUGCACCAUAGUGGGAACUCCAAGAGUUCAUACUUGCUAAGGAUCUCUAAUGCAGUUCAUUAGUUUGUAAUGUAUAUGUUUGAUUAGAGUACUCUUUUUUUUUUUUUUGUCUUUUGCCAUUUCUUUGGUGCUCCCGCAGCAUAUGGGGGUUCCCAGGCUAGAGGGUGAAUCAGAGCUGUAGCCACCAGCCUACGCCGGAGCCAUAGCAACUUGGGAUCCGAGCUGCGUCUGCAACCUACACCACAGCUCCUGGCCACGCCAGAUCCUUAACCCACUGAGCAAGGCCAGGGAUCGAACCUGCAACCUCAUGGUUCCUAGUUGGAUUCGUUAACCACUGAGCCACGACAGGAACUCCUCGAGUACUCUUAAUUUUUACAAAGACCUUAUGUUUUAGGGGUAUUAAAAAUGCAUAGUGGACUUGAUUAAUAUUUUUUGUUUUUCUAAUUUAUUAUUCUUAGAAAGCUGGAUACUUAAGACUUGUAGCCUUGGAAUCCCCUGGUGGCUCAGUGGGUUAAGGAUCCAGCAUCGUCACUGCUGUGGCUCAGAUUGCUGCUGUGGCAUGGGUUCAAUCCCUUGCCUGGGAACUUCUGCCUGUGGGGGUUGGGGGAAUGCAGCCAACAACAAAACAAACGCUUUGCAACCUUUAAUUCCAGAUCACCAUAUUACCCUUUUCAUUGUUUAUUUCAAAAAAGAACAGUUAGAUGUGAUGUUUGGCAUGUGUAAAAUUGGUUUACAUUGGGGUCAUUAAUCUUAUGUUCUGUCACAUUGUAGCUGUGGGUAGAAAAGUGAAAAUUAGAACUGACCUAUUUGUUAGGACCGUUACAUUAGAGUUAAUGACUGAUGUACAAGGAGAGAUGUGAUCUUGUUUUAUUUUAGUCCAGAAGGUAGACUUUUUCCAUACAGCUCCUUUUUCAAUACAGCUUCCUCUUUGCAGAGCGCUUUUCUGUUUAAAGUGUGAAAUGCUGAAGUUCUGCAUUGAAGGUGAAAGCACAUGAAUCAAGGAGAUGGCAGUGCUCUCUGGCAGACUUCAUUUGCAGAAAUUAUACCUGUUAUAUAUGUGUCAUAAGGUGAUAUAUUUUCAUCUAAAGAAUAAAUGCAUCCACUGUGGAAACUACUUGUCUUAAAUAAAAAUACUUUCUUCUCAUCUAA